AUGGCAAACACCUUCACUGGGCUGAAGUUGCAAGGACAGAUUGGAAAGUUUGGUGCAAAGGAGCUGUCUGACAUAGAGGGUUGGUGUCUUUUAUACCAAUUCUUUUACAGGGUAGAGUUUUUUUUUUGGAGAGGGAGAGGGAGGUGGGUAGGGAAUGGAGACAUAAAGGAUUAAAGUGUAAAAAUGUCUAUGGAAGAUAAAAACAUAAGAUCAAGAGCUCUGUAUAGCCGAGGAACUUACAUGUACAUUUUAUGAAUACUUUUAUUACUAUUUUGUAAUGACCCACAUGGGGGUUGGGGAAUAUUUUGGGGGGCUAUAUUUUAAACCCUCUAAAAAGGGUGUUGAUUUUUUUGUAAGCCCAGUCAUGGGUUGGUAAGAGUGAACUCAGGGGUGAGGUGGGACAUACUCUGGUGAGAUUUAUGGAGCUUCGAUCUUAAGCUCCCACACACUGUUGGGCCAGAAUGUCAUGUUUUUUCUUCUUUUAACAUCAUCUCUGUAAUAGGCUUAUUCCUUGACCAAUUCUCAUUCAUUCCUUGCAAUAGUGCAUGCUUUCUCUCAUCAGCGAGUACCCACGGGCAAAUGGUGAACAUUUUGUGCAUAUGCUUUCUUUUUGUUACGUCAUAAUGUAUGAUAAUUAUUUGUAACACGCAGGCUUUGUUGAACUUCCUGAUGGUAAAGUGCUCUCUGGCUCAGAAUGGGGUAACAUGCUGCUAUGGGAUGGUGGUUUAAUUAAGGUGGAGAUUUCUAAGAAAGGCAGAAAGCCUUGUCACGUUGGCAUGAUAGAGCAGUUCUUCAUGGAUGAGGGAGAGCUCAUGACAAUUGGUGCUGAUGGUUUUGUGAAAGUUUGGGACUUUGAGAGUAUUGACAAUGCAGAUACUACUGAGGAGGGACAGCUUUUUGAAAUGGACCCAAUGUAUGAGCUUAAGGUGAGGAUUCACAACCUGGAACUCUUUGGGCCUGGGGGUAUACUCGACCAAUACUUGGGUAUAGGUGAGCCUUUGAGGGUUUGAAACCCUGACCCUGUUUUUGGACAAAAAAUUCUAAAAUACAUUACCUGAGUGUGUAGGACAGCAUCCUCAAUUUUAUUACCCUGUUUAGGACAAAGGACAUAAUUGACACCAUCUUGGUUUAAAGCCAUCAAAUUCACGUUGUACUCAUUGCUUUAAUUUGUAUACUUGAAGUAUAAACAAAUUUCAUCAAGCAAAUCAAAUCAAUUGUGCAGGCAACACCCUUUUCAUAAUCAGGACAGACUUGCACAAAAUUUUAUUCCCUGUAUAUACCCUGUUUAGGACAGAGAGAACAAAAACCAUACCCNGCAUGCUUUCUCUCAUCAGCGAGUACCCACGGGCAAAUGGUGAACAUUUUGUGCAUAUGCUUUCUUUUUGUUACGUCAUAAUGUAUGAUAAUUAUUUGUAACACGCAGGCUUUGUUGAACUUCCUGAUGGUAAAGUGCUCUCUGGCUCAGAAUGGGGUAACAUGCUGCUAUGGGAUGGUGGUUUAAUUAAGGUGGAGAUUUCUAAGAAAGGCAGAAAGCCUUGUCACGUUGGCAUGAUAGAGCAGUUCUUCAUGGAUGAGGGAGAGCUCAUGACAAUUGGUGCUGAUGGUUUUGUGAAA